AUGGAUGCAAAACCGAGCACAAGAAUAGUAGCAAAGCGACUAUGGAGCAUAGUUAGAGUUGCAUUUUUCAUGAUAAAGAAAGGAAUAUCCAAAAACAACAAAUCACUCAUGCUUCAUCUUCACAACAUCAUGUCUAAACGUGGAAAAAUCGCAAGUAAACUUAUAUCAAACUUAAUUCUGUUCCAUCAUCCCAACCAUUCUUCUCAAGUUUCCUCUUCCAAAAUUCCCAGACACUACGAAUUCAGUUGUAGUAAUAGCCCAGCUUCACACAUGAGCAACACAGGCAGCAGUAAGCACAAGAAACAACACCGUGGUAACUUUUCAUUUUCAGAAGAGGAUAUGACCUCAGUUAAUGCCGUGCAGAAACUAUUUGAAAUGUUGAAUAACCAAGUAAUGACGGAAAACGGUAGCUCCACAAUGCCUUCACCUUAUUUACCUGGGUUAGGAUUUGGGCGUAGUCCAAUGGUUAGACAAUUGCGAGUGACUGAUUCUCCGUUUCCGUUAAGAGAUAAUGUUUUCGAUGAAAUUGAGUCUCACGUAGAUGAAGAUGCUGAAGAGUUUAUUGAAAGAUUUUAUGCUCAACUGAGGUCGCAGAAAAAUAAGACUGCCUUGGAAGAAUCAUAUGCAUACAACAUGUAUGUUUCAUGUAAUUGA